AUGUGCAUGACUUGUCAUAAAAUACUCAAACGAGUUAUUGGGAAGAACCAAAAGCUCGAUGUAUUUGUCUGGUCAAUGAGAGCCAUAGUCAUAUUCCUUAAUGUUUUGCCAUUCUACAAUAUGAAUUAUAUGGGAGAUACAGACAAGUCUAAAUAUUGCAUGGCCUGUAGGAAUUGGAAGCCUGAUAGAUCUCAUCAUUGUUCAAUAUGUGGAAUAUGUGUACUAAAGCAAGAUCAUCAUUGCCCAUGGUUAGGUAACUGUGUAGGCUACCAUAACUUCAAAGAGUUCUUCCUUUUCUGUUUCUAUCAAAUGAUGAUUGGAGUAAUAUACACUACCUAACUCAUUAGAUUUGGUUUCUAUAGGCCUGAUGAGGACACUCAUGAUUUAUCUAUGCUCGGAACCAUCUUCUACUAUAUAACCAACAUUCUUGCAGUUCCAAUUGCAUUUGCUUUGAUAUUCCUGUCUUUAUCAGUGUUUAUCUAAAUUUACAAUAACAUCACUGGAAUCGAGAGAAUGUCUUAUGUCUAGCUUAAGUAGCCAUGCUUUGGAAUUUCCAAAUCCUAAGCUAUGUGCAGACCUAAUGAGUACGACAUGAUUUGGCUUCCAAAUAUCAAGCAAGUUCUUGGACCUCACAUGUGGAUGUGGUUACUGCCAAUUAGUUAUGAGAUGAAAGGCAAGGGUUUCUAUUAUCCCAAAGUUCCCGAGAUUACCAUGUCAGAUCUCAACAUCCUUUUAAAAGACGUUUCAAGAGUUCAUGGUACCUCAUUCACAAUUAAUGAUUUUGAAUCUGACCCAAAAGAGUAUAUCCAGAAAGCUAUUCAGAAAUAUAGUGGUAGCAAGUUUCUUAUUCAUAAAGGAUAGACUAAGGAUGAGGACUAGAUUGUAGAAGUACCCUCUCUAGAAGAGUAGAAAUCAUUAAAGAAGGAACAACAAGAAUGA